AUGUCUACCAGCGUGAACGAUUUAAGACGUGCUGCGGUGCGGUGUUGGGUGACGAUAUUGCUAUUCGUACUCGCUACUUCCAUCCCAGGACUCGAAAGGACAUCGCUGGCAUACGGUUCGGUCGACAGUUCGCCGUCUCCACUGGUGCCAACGAGCAGCAGUCGCCAGCAACGCAUCGAUAGCCCUAAUAAUAGUUUGAACGAUAGCAAGGGCCCGUUAACGCUUCCACCGCUGACGGCUGUCCAAGCGGCAAACCCAUGGUACGCAAACUUUGCCAAUCGUCCAUCGCAAGUAGGAUGCGAGCGUAUCAAUGCGAAUACCAGCGUAACCGUGGGCCAUAUCGGGUCUGGAAAUUUCGUGAAAUUCGCUAUACUGCUCCCGGAACAACCGAGCAAGCGGCGGGAUGUUCGUAUCCUGUCCACGGUACUGCCGGUGAUCGAGAUGGCUACGCGUAAAGUGACAGCACCCGGUGGCUUACUGCAGAACCUUCGCAUCGAAAUCGACCAUCGCGAUACGCAGUGUUCCUCCACGUUCGGUGCACUCGGAGCAUUCGAUAUCUUUCUCACGCGUAAACCAGAUGUGUUUUUUGGUCCGAUUUGUGAUUACGUGAUAGCACCGAUCGCCCGCUACAGCUCCGUGUGGGGAAUUCCACUGAUAACGUCCGGUGGGCUGACCGAGGCGUUCUCACUCAAAGCUCCUCACUAUAAGACGCUAACGCGCAUGAUGGGCAACUACCAUGCGUUCGGGCUGAUGAUGCGUGAAAUCCAUCGACACUACAACUGGACGAUCCAGGCCUACCUGUACCACGAAUGGGACGAAAAGUCUGGCCGCGGGUUUACCGACUGCUCGAUGGCGAUCACCUCCAUCAAUCGUGCGAUCGGUGGCAACGAAACAUCGUCCUGGACCUUCGACGAGGAGACAGCCAAGUAUGCCGAUUACCUUCGAUUGCUGCGGCAGAUUGAGAACCGCGCAAGAAUUGUCAUCAUGUGCGCCAGUCCGUCGACAAUAAGGGAAAUUAUGCUAGCGGCCGCCGAAUUGAACAUGGUCAACAGUGGCGAGUACGUGUUCUUCAACAUCGAAAUAUUUGGAAGCAUGACGGCAACGAAACAACCGCCCUGGUACGCCAAAAACGACACCGACGAGCGCAACCAGAAGGCAAAGGAAGCGUUCACCGCCUUGCUACAGGUGGUUGCCCGCGAACCCGAGGACGACGAAUAUCGCCGGUUUUCCGAGGAGGUGAAGGAACUCACUAAGACCAAGUAUAACUACACGUAUGCUGAGGAUGAACCCGUUUCAACGUUCGUGACGGCAUUCUACGAUGCGGUGUUGCUGUACGCAUAUGCCCUCAACGAAAGCAUUGCGCUAUUAGGAGAGCAGCGGGCACUUCGCCAACCGAUCAACGGCACACACCUAGCCAAGCUGAUGUGGGGUCGAAGCUUUAAGGGCAUUACCGGCAACGUGACGAUAGACUCGAACGGUGACCGUAUAUCGAACUAUUCGCUACUGGAUCUCAACCCGGAUACGGGACUGUUUGAGGUUGUUGCAAACUAUUACUAUGGAGGAGGUCUUCAGUUUGUUGAGGGUAAAGCUAUUCACUGGGCAGGCGAUCGUACAAAGGCACCUCCAGAUCGGCCAACCUGCGGUUUCGAUGGAUCGCUGUGUCCAGAUAAUUCACUCCCGGGUUACGCAAUUCUGUCCCUUGUACUUGGUGUGUGUGUGGUGUGCAUGGGCAUCGCGUCCAUCGUUGGCUAUCGGCACUACAAACUUGAAGCCGAGAUAAAUUCCAUGACCUGGAAGGUAAACCCGAACGAUGUACUGUCCUGCAAUCCCAGCCGGGGACAUCGGGGCAGCUUCCAUUCGAUGGUCAAACGGGGCAGCCAAGCUGUAAGCAUAUUUCGGGACAAUCCGUCCGGCAAUCAUGAAAACCAAUCGAUAGUCCCGUUUUUCUCAUUGCAGACGAUCUAUUCCGAGGACCUUAACUCGCUGCCGGGCGAUCGACAGAUCUACAUCCAUUUCGGGUUCUAUAAGGGCUGUAAGGUGGCAAUCAAGAAGAUCAACGUACAAAACCUAAGUCUGACCCGCUCGCUAAUGCUUGAGUUUAAGCGCAUGAAGGACAUUCAGCACGAUCAUCUCGUGCGGUUCUACGGUGCAUGUCUCGAUCUGCACCCUGACCCGUUCAUUUUAACCGAGUACUGCCCGAAAGGAUCACUGCAGGACAUUCUGGAGAAUGAGACGAUCAAGCUUGACUGGAUGUUCAAGAUCUCGCUCAUGCACGACAUCGUAAAGGGUAUGGCUUUCCUGCACUCGACCGAUCUACACUCGCACGGUUCGCUUAAGUCAUCCAACUGUGUCGUCGAUUCGAGGUUCGUACUGAAAGUGACGGACUUUGGGCUGCAUCAGCUGCGUCGUAGCAUGGAAGACGGCGACAUCGAAAGUUACGCUUACUGGCAGAAACUUCUCUGGACCGCUCCAGAGCUGCUGAGAGAUCCCCAGUGUCCCCCGGCGGGCAGUCAGAAAGGUGAUGUCUACUCGUUUGGCAUCAUCAUCCAGGAGAUCGUAUCGCGCCAAGGUCCAUUCUACCUCGGCACAGAGGAAAAAUCUCCCAAAGAAAUCAUCAAACUAGUCAGAGACGGACCGGGACUGAUGGACGUUCCUUUCCGGCCAAAGGUGGACGAAUCGUCGUACGAGGAUGUUAACAACAUAAUGGUCAAAUGCUGGGCCGAAGAUCCAGCAGAUCGGCCCGAUUUCGGUGGGCUAAAAACGAUCAUCAGAAAAAUUAACAAAGAAAAUGAAUCUGGUAACAUAUUAGAUAAUUUAUUGCAACGCAUGGAGCAGUAUGCGAACAAUCUGGAGGCCCUGGUGGAUGAGCGAACGCAGGAUUACUUCGAGGAGAAGCGCAAGUGCGAGGAACUGUUGUACCAACUGUUGCCCAAAUCCGUAGCGGCACAGCUGAUCAUGGGCAAAUCUGUGAUAGCGGAAACGUAUGAUCAAGUAACUAUUUAUUUUAGCGAUAUUGUAGGCUUCACCUCGAUUUCGGCGCAAAGCACCCCGAUGCAGGUCGUCGAUCUGCUGAACGAUCUCUACACCUGUUUCGACUCGAUCGUCGAAAACUUUGACGUGUACAAGGUUGAAACAAUCGGCGACGCAUACAUGGUAGUGUCCGGGCUUCCGGUGCGGAACGGGAAUCUGCACGCGCGGGAAAUCUCUCGCAUGGCACUCCGGUUGCUGGCGGCCGUUUACAAGUUCACCAUUCGUCAUCGGCCCAACGAGCAGCUACGGUUACGGAUAGGACUGCACAGUGGACCAUGCGUUGCGGGCGUUGUUGGUUUAAAGAUGCCACGGUACUGCCUGUUCGGGGACACGGUCAACACGGCCAGCCGGAUGGAAUCAACCGGUGAAGCGCUCAAGAUACACGUCAGUCACACCUUAAAAACGCUUCUCGACACAUUCGGCACGUUCGAUCUAUCCGAGCGGGGUCUGGUACCGAUGAAGGGCAAGGGCGAGAUGCUCACGUACUGGCUGCACGGUGAACGGUCCGAACCUUCGACACCGCUACCAAACGGACUGAAAGGGCCAUCGGUGACCAACCGGCAGCAUCUGCUCACCACCGACAGUGCCCCUUCCGUUCUCGAUUCUCACGCACCUGCACAUCAACUGCUGCCAUUGGCGACCAGCCAGGCGAACGUAAACAAUGGGUCCGUCACCGUUGUUAGCUCACCACCGACCGGUAUCCUGAUUAACCAUCAUCACAACAACAACAACAAUUCACCCUGCAGCCUCAACCACAACAACAACUCACCCAACAGUUGCCAUAAUCCGACACCGCCCAAAAAGCACAACAGUGUGUCGUACAGCUUCAUGAAGGCGUCCGGUUCGGCCGGUAACAACAGCAACGGAGCGAACGUACCGAAAGCUUCCGCCCUGUCCAAACCAAAGCUCCCGGAGGUGGAGGCGUUACGUGGGGCAAGCGUUACGAAACCGUUACUUACCUGAAAGCGAUCCGAACCGGGUGUCGCGUUCGUGGAGGGAUUUUUUUGUUUUUUGUGAUGUAAUUUUACGGAUCGUUGAUGAGGCAAUAGCCCAAGCACCGCAUUGGGCCGUGGUACUUGUUUUAACUGUACUCUCCAAUGCAGGUGCGUGUAGAGACUGGCGGAAACUGGCAAAUUGGAUACUUUCCGUUCAGAAGAUUGACGAAAUAAUGACAUUUCGCUGUCACCAAAUUCGUUCAGGCAAGCCAGCUGGUGGAACAUGGAUAUCUAUUGGAUAUCCGAUGAAACAUGGAUUAGCAAUUUCCGAUCGAUUUUAUGCGCUAGUUCAACACGGCGAACAGCAGGGCGAGAUGUCUGACAAAAAAUGUGUUAACGUACUUAAAUCAUGGAUGGGAAUUUUUGAACAAAUUUCAGUCCUUUUAUAGUCGUCAUGUUUGUUAUUGCUUGUUCCAUGUUCCAUUAAAAGAAAAUAGGAUAAAGCUAACGAACUCUGAAAGCUCACCGUGUGCUGUAACUGAACGUUGGAACGCUAUGGCACUUAAUGUCCUAUCCGCGUUUGGACAAAGAAAUGACUGUGAAGAUGAGGUAGAAGAAGAAACAAGGCAUCAUCCGAAAUGCCAUGAAUUUGGAGAGAGUGAAUGAUAAAAGUCAGCUAGAUUAUUUGAUGUUGUAUAAAAAGUGUAAGGAGAUAGAACAGUUACUAGCAAGUGAUUUGCAUAAAUCGCUCUUAUUUGUAUGUGUGUAUGCGUGCGUGUGCGUAUACAUAUCUGUAUUUAUGUGUGGGUGUGUAUAGCGUGUAAGAGACGAACACAAGAAUUUCAGAUUUCAAUCCAACAUCUUUCUUCAACAUUGAUUAAAACAAAGGGUAUACAGGCCAGUCCCCGACAUACGCUAUUAUUGAAGACCACUGUAAUCUGGCAAAGAUCCUCUUAACUCUAAUUUCGGCGUAUGCCGAAUACUGAUGCAAAAUCGUUUAUGUUUCAAAGUGACAUUUUUGAAUUAUUACUCUGUAAUUUAUUUAUUUUACAAUUCAGGUGACUUUUCGUAAAAAAACGAUAACACAAAUUAAAAACAAAUGUUUUAUGUGACAAAGGAAGGAAUUUUCGUCCAAAUUUUCACCUCUUUGCUUACAUUUUGUACUAUAAAUUAACUCAGCUGUCAAACUUCCAAAAAUUGUGUGUUAGAGGAUCCGCGUAUCUCGGGAACUGCCUGUACAUCCAGCCGCACACAAACAAUAAAACUAGCGUCAUGCGGCUUACAUACCUUUCGGGCGUUAGAAUAUUUCCACUAGCGUCUCGUCUCUGAUUAGCAGGACUAUCAUUAACCACUAGCCCUAAAGUAAGAAACAAAACAAAACCAAGCAAAGGAAACUGGAAUCGACAGUUGCAAAAACAGGCAUGAUUAAGGCGACAGCCGCGAUGUGGAGCGUAUUUUUGUAAGUGUAUUAAUGUAGUGUAGCAGUAGUGUUGUAAGUUUUAUCCGUAGUAAGAUGUAACCGAAACGUAAUAUGUGAUCAAAACCGAUAUGAAAUCAACACAAAACACACACAUAGCAGGUGCAGCAAACAAAUAAUUUAAUCGAUGCCAUUUGUAGUUACUAUGUUGUGUCGCAAACGUAAAUACAGGCAGA